GUUAAAACGGCCCAGCCCAAUAUCACUGCGACCUUCUCUCACUCACUCUCUCUGGUGUAAGUCUAGGGAUUGGGUUUCCACCGGAGCUUCCAACCUGAAUCUAAUAGCUAUAUCAACUCUUUUAGGGCUUCAUCGAGGAUAAUAUCCUGAGACCAUAAAUUUCAGCAAUUGCAUUGCAUUAUAUGUUUUAGGAUUUAAACGAACAUGGAAACGAAUUCCUUGCUUCUGAGAUCCUAUUCUAUGAAACUUAAUUCAGGGCAUGGUGGAUUGAGCUCCUUGCCAUGUCUAAUUACCCCUUUUAGAAAUAGGAAGAGGAAAACUCUUACUCUCGGAGCCAAUUCGUCCUCCGCUGAUGCGGGUGAUAACCAUCAGAGUGAAUCGAAGAGCCUGCUCUCUGUGAUUCUGGAUGUUCCUAGGGAAAUCUGGAAGCGAACUCUAAGGCCUUUGAGUGAUUUCGGUUUCGGUGGGAAGAGCGUUUGGGCUGGUGGAGUUGGCUUGUUCCUCAUUUCUGGCGCGUUUCUGUUGGCAUUUAGCUUGGCUUGGUUGAGGGGGUUUCAGUUAGGAUCAAAGUUUAACAAGUACUUGGCUGUUUUCGAGUUUGCUCAGGCUUCUGGCAUUUCCACCGGAACGCCUGUGAGGAUCAGAGGGGUGAAUGUAGGCAAUGUGGUUCGUGUGAAUCCCUCGUUGAGGAAUAUUGAGGCUAUAGUUGAGAUAGAAGACGAUAAGGUUAUAAUACCACGGAACUCGUUGGUUGAAGUCAAUCAAUCGGGUCUUCUUAUGGAAACACUCAUUGAUAUCACACCACAAGACCCAAUUCCGGUGCCAUCAGUUGGGCCUCUUCAUGCUGGCUGUGUUAAAGAGGGUCUAAUUGUGUGUGACAGACAAAAAUUGAAGGGGCGCCAAGGGGUGAGCUUGGAUGAAAUGGUUGGGAUAUUCACUCGCAUUGGGCGUGAAGUUGAAGGAAUAGGUGUUGCGAAUACCUAUUCCUUGGCUGAACGGAUUGCUGCUGUUGUUGAAGAUGCAAGGCCUUUGCUUUCAAAGAUUCAAGCUCUAGCUGAAGAUGUAGAACCUUUACUGGCUGAAGUUCAUGAUAGUGGUUUGCUGAAAGAUGUUGAGCAUUUAACCAAAAGCCUUACACGAGCUUCUGAGGAUCUGAGAAACGUGCAAUCAUCAGUAUUAACUCCAGAGAACACAGAACUAAUUCAGAAGUCUAUCUAUACUCUCAUUUUCACAUUGAAAAACAUUGAGAAUAUAAGCUCCGAUAUAUUGGGAUUUACUGGGGAUGAAGCCACAAGAAAGAAUUUGAAAUUGCUCAUUAAGUCUCUCAGCCGGCUGCUAUGAAGAAUAUGAAGCAAUUUAUAAGGAACGCAAAUGUGGAAUUAAUUUGGGCAAGAUGUUUUUAGACCCAAGUGUGAUGUAGCUACUCUGUUUUGUGCAUCGAAAGGUAAAUAUUUGAAGUUUCUCAUCAGGAGCUGAAUUGGUUCAUUCAUUACCCUGUUUUCUUCAUGAUAGAUGUUUCCAUAUAUGUUCGUUCACUAUCGAUGGUUGCUUUUGGAUGUGAUUUUACAGCAUUCACUCUCUUGGGCUAUUGAAUGCUUUGUUUCUAUAUUACAAGAAACACAAAUAUUGAUUACAACUCAAUUUCCGCUUCUUCAUUUGUUCAAGCUCAGUUUUAAUGAAUAAGUACAUCAUUUGGUA